ACGCUAUCAGCGCGUAUCAGCCGCCAGUACGGCUCCAUCCCUUCUGCGGAGACGACGUCGUGAAGAGCAGCCCUCGCAACCGUACUCCUACGUCGGAAGAAAAUGUUCGUUAACAAGUGCCAUCGUGCGCUGAGUGCGCGAGUCUUACCUCGACAGCUGUUAAAUGAUAUGUACGAGCAUUAUAUGGCCGUUGCAGGCGCUACAAUGUGGAAGAGAUGCUUAACCGGUUCAGUGCCGAGGGAACCAGACGGACCGGUAGUCGUAACAGAAAUACCGGGGCCGCGAUCACGCAGCUUGCUACAAGAAUUGAAUGCGAUACAACAAGCGUCUUCCGUACAAUUCUUCGCAGACUACGAAAAAUCUUCCGGUAAUUACAUAAUAGACGUUGACGGGAACGCGUUGCUGGACGUUUACAUGCAAAUCUCGUCAAUGCCCUUAGGGUACAAUCAUCCGGCGAUGCUGGAGACGCUCGCCGAUCCCGUUAAUCAAAAAAUCAUAGCGAACAGACCCGCGUUAGGCGUUUUUCCAGGGAAAGAUUGGCCUAAUAAAUUGCGCAACGUGCUGCUUAAGAAACAAGUCGCUCCCCCUGGAUUAUCGCAUAUUACGACCAUGAUGUGCGGCUCUUGUUCCAACGAGAACGCUUUCAAGAACAUCUUUAUCUGGUACGCCGAGAAGCAGAGGCAAGGCACGCCGUUCACGAAGGAAGAAAUGGUAACGUGCAUGAUGAAUCAAAGCCCUGGCUCGCCACGGUACUCCAUCAUGUCUUUUAAAGGUGCCUUUCAUGGGAGAACCUUGGGCUGCCUUUCCACGACUCACAGCAAAUACAUCCACAAAAUGGAUAUACCAGCUUUUGACUGGCCCACCGCCUCCUUUCCAGAGUACAAAUAUCCUCUAGCGGAGAACGUGCAAGAGAAUCAACGGGAGGACGAACGUUGCCUUGCAGAGGUCGAGGAAUUAUUCGAGAAGUACAAGAACGAGAAGAAAGUACUGGUAGCCGGCGUGAUAAUCGAGCCUAUUCAGGCGGAAGGCGGUGAUAAUCACGCGUCGCCCGAAUUCUUCCGGGGACUUCAACGCGUUACGCGAAAGCAUGGUGCGGCGUUGCUCAUCGACGAGGUGCAAACUGGUGGUGGUCCGACGGGGAAAAUGUGGUGCCACGAGCACUUUAAUCUGGAAUCUCCGCCCGACGUGAUGACUUUUAGCAAGAAAAUGCAGCUAGGCGGUUACUAUCACACGGAGGAUUUCAAGCCGAAGCAAUCGUACCGCGUGUUCAACACGUGGAUGGGCGAUCCCAGCAAAGUGCUGCUGUUGGAAUCGAUAAUGGAGAUAAUCAGGAAGGAAAAUCUCUUGGACAGGGUUACGCGCGUUGGCGAUUACAUGUUGAAACAUUUGAUGGAGAUCGAGAGGGAACACUCUGGCAUCGUCAACUCGGUGCGCGGACGUGGAACUUUCAUCGCGUUCAACUGCACCUCACCUGAAAUGCGGGAUACGGUCAUCAAGAAACUUUUGGCUAAAGGUAUCCAGGCGGGUGGAUGCGGAAGUCGAGCUAUACGUCUGAGACCCGCGCUGACCUUCACGGAGCGGCACGCCGAUAUAUUUUUGGAUGCGCUUCGCUCCACGCUGAAAGGGUAAAGAUAUUCAUUGUGAUUCCCGUGUCUUCCGAAGUCAGAUGUCUUCCAUUACAGAAUAACAUGGAUAUCGAUCACGUUGUAUGGCACCUAUAAAUGUCCAUUAUUUUUAUAUGGUAAUUACGCUAUAGUGCGAUGUAACUUUUAAGAGACUGCGAUGAAUUAUCAUCCAACGAGAUCUAGCGAAUUAAUUAACUUUUUUGACGAAACGUUCUUAUAAAGAUUACAAAAUUGCAAAGCAGAAGUAUUUUUCGACGAAUCUGAGUGAUAUUUUAUCUCGAUUAUAUAUAUUUCAUACUCUGUACAGUAGUCACUGUAAUGUUAAAAAAUGUCGUAUAGACUAACGCUCAGUUAAUUGAUUGUUAUAUACGAUAGCAUUAUAUACAUAUAUAUUAUAUUUGAUUGAUUAUAAUUUACACUAGACACACGUCUCUUCCGUUUAUGUGCACUAAUCAAUUGGACUGACGUAUGCAGACAAUUUAUUGUACAAUCACAAAAUGUCUUCCAAGAGAACUGCCAAUAAAAAGCGCGAGUACGCGCGCGCGCGUCCAAACUG